CCUUAAAUGUAGGAAUUUUUAACCUUUUCACGUGGAAAUGUUAACAUCGAAUAAGAUUAAUUUUUGCGCAAAUAAAUUUCUCGCGCAUCCUGAAUAAAUCGCACGUUUUUCCCCCAGACGUGUUUUUGUCAGGAAAUUAAAAUUCUUGACGCGAACAGGGGAACGGGAUAAAUUACCCCUUUCGCAGCGAAGCGCACAUAAUUGUAUCUCUCGUGUCAAAAUUAAUAUAUAUAUCAAAUAUUUUGUACAUGUAUAAAUUAUAAAUCGUCGCUGAUCCAAAUUCGAACUUUCGCGAUCGAUAAUAAUUAUUACGAUGAGCAGUACAGAAGCAUUCUAUAUUUAGCCUAACGCUUCUAUUUAUAUCGAAGACGAUUCCCCGAAAUAAGCCUGUCUAGAUGGUUCCACGUCUUCUCUAAGUUUUAAUACGAUGUACAAGCGACUCCUGAAUCAUUCUAAGAUGAACGUGUGCUGAACCAGCAGACAAAAUUGCAGUGACAAAACUUGAAACUCGUUUUAAAAACCUAAUAGUCAAUCGAUUAUAAAGUGUCAAAUCAAAAGAUUUCUUCCACCAUGACGGAGUCAGAUAUGACUGCGCAGGAGUGGAAAGAGUUGGGCAACGAAGAAUUUAACAAGGGUAAUUGGUCAGAGGCCUUAAGUCAUUACACAAACGCUUUGAAACUAGUAAACGAGGAUAGUGCAGAGAAAGCAGUGUACUAUAAGAAUAGAGCUGCUGCUUAUUUGAAGCUACAUGAUUAUGAGAAAGUAAUCGAAGACUGCAACAAUGUGCUAAAGAUAUGUUGUAAUGAUCCCAAGGCACUAUUUCGUAGAUGCCAAGCACUGGAGGCAUUAGAACGAUUUGAGGAGGCAUAUCGAGACGCAAGAAACAUUAUUUUAGUUGACCCUAAUAACAAAGCUAUCCAACCUAUAGCGGCGCGUUUACAUGAAAUUGUACAAGAACGUCAUAAGGAAAAUUCACGUAUCAGUACCAAGGUAUCACAAAUGUUAGAUCUGGCAUUUAAUGCGAGCACAGAUAAGGAAAAACGUGAAACCGCUAUGAAUAAUCUGCUUGUACUUGCACGUGAGAGAGCCGGUGCUGAGGAGCUCUUCAAAAGAGGAACUAUAUCCAAAAUAGCACAGCUUGUAAAAAUCGAAAAGAACGAUGAAGUCAUCUGUAGUGCGAUUCGUAUUGUAGGUGAAUUGUGUAAAAACAAUGUCAAUCAAACUAAAUCUAUUGUAAAAGACAUAGGUUUGCCUUGGUAUCUAGAUAUGAUAAACAGCACAUCUACGGAGAGAGUAAAUGCAUCUCAAUAUUGUCUACAGAAUAUACUAAACGCUUACAGUGGUAUGGAUAAUAAACCCGAUUCGAAACCCGACAAAGCUUUAUGCGAGGCGCAUAAGAAAGAAAUAGACACGGUUUUGUCAUGUUUGUUGUACAGUGUAACGAAUAGAACGAUAACGGGUCUCGCGAGAGACGCGAUAAUAGAGCUUAUUAUGCGUAACAUUCAUUAUACCGCGUUAGACUGGGCCGAACGAUUGGUCGAGCUUCGCGGUUUGCAGAGACUAAUGGAAGUAGCCAGUGAAAUGGAGGAAUACAAAUAUGAAUCCUCAAUGAAUAUCACGUCUUCCACGCGAACUAUAACCAGUGUGUGUUUAGCCAAAAUAUACGAGAAUAUGUAUUACGAUGCCGCUAAGGAAAAAUUUCGCAACGCUAUUGAUGAAUUUAUUAAAGAUAAAUUGCUUUCAUCUGACCUAGAAUCUAAGGUUCGUGUAGUAGUUGCGAUAACAACCUUAUUAUUAGGUCCACUAGAUGUUGGAAAUGCAGUUGUGGCUAAAGAAGGAAUUCUAGAGAUGAUCCUCGUUAUGGCGGGAACAGAUGAUGUAUUGCAGCAAAGAGUGGCUUGUGAGUGUAUCGUUGCCGCUGCGACCAAGAAAGAUAAGGCCAACGCGAUCAUAAAUCAAGGUGUAAAUAUAUUAAAGAAGCUGUAUCAAUCUAAGAACGAUUCGAUUCGAGUUCGAGCGUUAGUGGGUUUGUGCAAAUUGGGCAGUUCAGGAGGCACGGACGCGACCAUUAGACCAUUUGCGGAUGGAGCAACGAAGAAAUUGGCCGAAGCUUGCAGACGAUUCUUGAUCAAUCCUAAGAAAGAGAAAGACAUGAGGAAAUGGGCUGUUGAAGGUUUGUCGUAUCUCACCUUUGACGCCGAAGUCAAAGAAAAGUUGAUCGAGGACCAGGAAGCUGUGCAGGCGAUGAUUGAGCUCGCCAAGACUGGUGACCAAUCGGUUCUCUACGGUGUAGUCACGACAUUAGUGAACCUAUGUAACGCUUACGAUAAGCAGGAAAUGGUACCUGAGAUGAUAGAAUUGGCAAAAUUUGCAAAACAUCAUAUUCCUGAGGAACACGAACUGGACGACGUCGACUUUGUAAAUAAAAGACUAUGCACGUUGGCGAAGGCCGGUGUGACCAGUGCUUUAGUGAAUCUUGCUAAAACAGACAGUCAGAACAGUAAAGAAUUAAUAGCCCGCGUUUUCAACGCGAUAUGCAGUCAACAAGAAGUGAGAGGAAUGAUUGUUCAACAAGGUGGCGCGAAAGCAUUGCUGCCAUUAGCGUUAGAUGGCACAGACAAAGGAAAAAAACAAGCUUCACAGGCUCUAGCUCGUCUGACUAUCACAAUAAAUCCGGAGGUCGCAUUUCCCGGUCAGAGGAUUAUGGAAAUCGUCCGACCGUUCAUAAAUCUUUUAAAUCCGGAGUGUUCUGCGCUCGAGAAUUUUGAGGCUCUAAUGGCUUUGUGCAAUCUAGCUGGUAUCAACGACAGCCUGCGAAAACGUAUACUGAAAGAGGGAGGAUUCCAGAAGGUUGAAGCCUACAUGUACGAGGAUCACUACAUGUUGAAACGCGCAUCCACGGAAGUUAUAAACAAUUUGAUAAUGUGCGACGACGUAAUUCAAUAUUUCGAGCAGGAAAAUGAUCGAAUCAAAUAUCUUGUGAUACUGUGUCAGGACGAAGAUGAAGUUACCUGCAAGGCAGCAGCUGGAGGUCUAGCAAUGCUGACACCACGCAGUAAAAAAGUUUGUGAGAAAAUUUUUGACUCGAAAGACUGGCUGGAAUCCUUACAUUUUUUACUCGCUAAUCCAAACAGCGACUUGCAACAUAGAGGUGUUGUAAUUGUGCUGAAUAUGAUAAAUAGCUCAAAAGACGUCGCUGCGAAACUCAUUGAAACGGACAUAAUGGAACUGCUGAUGGGAUUGAGCAAAAACGAUACUGUGCAAAACAAGAUCAAGGAAUUAGCGUCCACUGCCUUAGAAGCUGCUGCGAAAUGGAAACUGAUCGAGAAAAACGUCGAGAAUGAAGCGUCACAAAACACUGGUAAUACAGAAAACGUUGAGUAAUAUAUGUGAAAAUUUUGAUAAUGUUAACCGAGAGGUUGUAUGUCUUCCUCAUAUUUCAAAUCAAGUGCCUUAAAUAUAAAAUUAACGUUAUGAUUAAAUUUUGUUUUGCAAUUUUGUUAUUCAUGCAGUUAUAUAUAAUUUAUGUUCAUAUAACUUUAAAUAUACAAUCUUUGUGUAGGAUAUAGCUUAUUUAAGAGAUAAAUUAAAGUGCAAUAUUUUAUAAUAAUGAUUAUAAUGUAUGAUAUAAAAAUGAUUGUAAGUAUGAAAUAACACAUGCACACGGAGA